AUGGACUGGCUCCUGUCCGGAGAUCAGUGCGCAUCUGGUGCUGCGCUCCCAGCCCCGCCGGUAAAGCGGGGCCACUCGUCGGCGUUAAGCCCUAUUAGGACCGUCUACCGUGCAACUGGUGCCCCGACCGGCCUCCCUCCACCCUUUCGCCCUCUCUCUCUCUCUCUGUUCGUUUUCAAAUACCUGGCGUGCGACAACCGGCCUUCACCGGUCUCGUCGUGCAGAGGUUUCCCGUCGAGCCCCGAGGCAAAACAAUCGAUACGUCACGACGGAUCAAACAGCUACCGACUCAUGCAGCUCGGGUGCCUGGAGUCCGUGGCCAACUCCUCGGUCGCUUACUCCUCUUCCUCCCCGCUCACCUACCCAGCACCAGCGGGGACGGAGUUCGCCUCGCCCUAUUUCUCGGCCAACCACCAGUACACGCCCCUCCACCACCAGUCCUUCCACUACGAGUUCCAGCACUCCCACCCGGCCGUGGCCCCGGAGGCCUACGGACUGAACUCGCUGCACUCGGGCCAGUACUACCAGCAGAUCCACCACGGGGAGCCCGCCGACUUCAUCAACCUGCAUAACGCUCGCUCGGCCCUCAAGUCCUCGUGCCUGGACGAGCAGCAGCGGCGCGAGCUGGGCUGCCUCGACGCAUACAGGCGCCAUGACCUGUCGCUGAUGACGUCACACGGCUCCCAAGCCUACGGCGUCGGUAUGCACCACCCGGACCAGAGGCUGCUACCUGGAGCCGGCCUGGGUCUUCCUCAAGCGGCGUCAGACGACCUGCAGGGCUCCGUGGAAGCGCAGUGUGGGCUCGUGCUGAACGGCCAAGGGGGCGUCAUCCGGAGAGGUGGGACAUGCGUGGUGAACCCUACAGAUCUGUUCUGCUCGGUACCGGGCCGCCUGUCGCUGCUCAGCUCCACCUCCAAAUACAAAGUGACCAUCGCAGAGGUGAAAAGAAGACUGUCCCCACCAGAGUGCCUCAACGCCUCCUUACUGGGUGGUAUACUGCGCAGAGCAAAGUCGAAGAAUGGAGGCCGGUGUCUUCGGGAGAAAUUGGACCGUCUGGGCCUCAACCUGCCGGCAGGACGGAGAAAAGCUGCCAACGUAACUCUGCUCACAUCCCUGGUGGAAGGUGAGGCGCUCCACCUGGCGCGGGACUUUGGCUACACCUGCGAGACAGAGUUCCCCAGCAAGGCAGUGGGGGAACAUUUGGCAAGGCAGCACAGCGAGCCGAAAGAAACCAGCGCACGCAAGAAAAUGGUUCUGGCAACAAAGCAAAUCUGUAAGGAGUUCCAGGACUUAUUGAGCCAAGACCGCUCUCCUCUGGGCUCCUCCAGACCCACCCCCAUCCUGGACCUGGACAUCCAGAGACACCUCACACACUUCAGUCUGAUCACUCACGGGUUCGGCACGCCGGCAGUCUGCGCGGCUCUCAGCACCUUCCAGACAGUCCUGAGCGAGAUGCUCAACUACCUAGACAAAAACUCGAGCGGCAAGACGAGUGGACCGAACGACCAACAGAUCAACAACAACUCGGAAAAGACGCAGCUCCGGAAAACAUCCGAGCCGCAGAACAAAGACGGCAAAACAGAAAAGACUGAGUAGCCCCCCCACAGCCGGUCCCUGUGCCUUGGAGCGCUGCAUUUAGGAGUGUGUGUGUGUCUGUUCAUGGGUGUGUCUCUCAGAAAAGGAUUUGUUGUCUCCUUUUGAACAAUUCAUAUUUAUUGUUAAUUUAUUUAUCUUAUUUUCUAAAGUAGCUCCAACCUGAAGUGUCCCAAACAAGACACCCAGAUGUAUGUGUGAAAUCGUGUUUAGCUGAGUGUCUGUUCAUAUGUGUGUGUGUGUGUGUGUAUGUGUGUGUGUGUGUGUGUGUGUUUGUUUGUGAGUAUGUGUGAGUCAUGACAAAACAGGAGCCUUGCCAUGGAGAUGGCUGUUACUCAUCUAAGACUUUUAUUACUUUAUUUAUUAACACCCAAAAACAGGAAGUAGACAAGCUGACAUCACAGUUUUUACAGGACAGAGGAGGUUCACUGUCAACAUAUUUUACACAUCACACAGGCACACACACACACACACACACACACACACACACACACACACACACACACACACACACACACACACGGCCAUUUUUUAAUUAAACUUUGUAGAGACUUCCCAGCCACUAACAAUCAUAUUUGUUGAUUUGCUGAAAUUUUCAGUCGACUGGACCAAAAUGUUUCACUUUUCACCCUAUAUGUCCUUGGUUGUUAAUCAAUCAAUCAUGCUCCUGUGUAGUGGACAUAGUUCUAAUAAUAGCAACAAAUUACUGAUAAUACGAAUUAAAGAAGAAUAAGAAAAUAAGAGAGUAAAAGAAAAAGUGAAGAAAAUAACUAAAUAAACACUUUCACCAUUUUUAAAGAUACAACUGAGAAAAAAACAACUUUUGACCUGCUAUGACACGUUUUUUAAAAUAUUGAUAAAAUCUCUCAUCAUUUAGAUGUUUAGUCUAAAAAUUUCAGUCUUGUGAAAAUUACUCACACAAACCCAGAGCUCAAAAUACUCUUCAUAUUGUUUAAGACAAACCAACAUGUCAUAGACUUAACUUAGAAAAUGACAAUUAGUAUAAAAUCUUUGAAGAAGCUGCAAUAAGACAUUUUCCCCUCCAAAUUUCACUAAAUUGACUACCAAAAUAACUUUCUUGUAAUCUACUACCACAUAAACAUGUAUAAAACACUUUCUGAAAAAGCAGGAUCAUCUUAUAUUUGGGAUUCAGUGAUUAAAUGUCAAUAUUUGUAACAAAACAUGACACCACUUAUCUGUAAAGCGAGUGCACCCCUCAUGAAUUAGCCAGCUGCCACUUACAACUACAGUGCCAGUAGGAUGAAAGAUGGAGAGACACAGUGAUUGUCCAGAGUAGAGUUGCUCAAAAGUAGGACAGGUUAACCGAAAACUGAGGCGGAGUUAUGAUGCUGAUGUUAAGAUAAUGGUUUUCAAUGCAACAGAGAAACUAAACUGUCAAACAGCCAAGAGAUAUUGCUGACACAAAGUGGAAUGUCUGAAGGUGGCAAGCCCAAAAAGCUUGAGAGUAUGUUACUGAGAGAAGGAUGGAAGGUAUGCCCAUUAGCAGACUUUUCAUCCCACCAAUAGACUGCAGGUUACUUUAAUUUUUAUGGUAUUAAAAUUCUAAUACCAUAAGUGCUUGAUUUACACACCUGAUCACAUUUUAUUCAAUUUUAAUCUGACAAUUUCAUUUUAAAAGAUAUUGUAUGUUUUAUCAUUAUUUCCAAUUAAAAUGGCUUUAUUUAUAAUAAGAUUUUGUCUUUUUCUAUGAAUUAGUCUUGAAAAGAGGGGUCGUCUUAUAAUCAGAGUUGUCCGAUGUUCAGGCUGAUACAGUAUUUGAUUAACAGAUGAAUGAAUCAUUGCCGCUCUUAAACAUACACAGCACACUUAACGCCCCCUCCUCUGUACCUGUGAGAGCCUCUGAAUCCCAACAAUGCUGACUUUAUUUUUGUUUGUAUGCCGUACAAUCAGUGCCAUAACAACCAGUGUGUUAACCAUGAGACUGCCUCUGGAUGUGACACCACUGCCUGGGGUUAUAGGCUAUAUACUGUGGUGUGUGUGUGUGUGUGUGUGUGUGUGUG